UGAUCCGGACGGCUGGAGGCUGCUUCUACUCCACCUCGCGCUGCGUCUGCGCGUGCGGAAGUCUGGCGAGGCCCCGAUUGGCUAAAAAUGACAUCAUCCAGUCGCGAGCUAUAUAGUGAGGACAGAGGAUGAGCACAUCGUUUAGAAGCCCGUUGGCGGAGACCAGCGGACUCGAUACCCCCUCUGACUGAGACCUGCUCUGGACGGACCGGGACACUUCCGACAUGGUCUGGUCCCGGGACGCGGAGCGGCCCCCGCUGUCCGCCAUCCUGCCGCGGCUCUACCUCGGAGCGGAGGGCGACGUGACGCAGGAGCGGCUGGCCUCUCUGGGUAUCUCCUAUGUCCUCAGUGUGAGUCGCUGCAGCCCCCAGCCCUCCUUCCUGCCUCCCUCCAGAUACCUGCGCAUCCCCAUCGACGACUCCCUGUGGGCCGAGCUGCUGCCCUGGAUCCCCCAGGCCCUGCACUUCAUCGAUGCAGCCGUGUCGUCCGGGGCCUCGGUGCUGGUCCACUGUGCAGCAGGCGUCUCUCGCUCCCCGGCCGUGGCCGUGGCCUACGUCAUGUACCGCCUGGGACUGGACCUGGACCAUGCCUACCGAUUUGUGAAAGAGCGCCGGCCCUCCAUUUCUCCAAACUUCAACUUCCUGGGCCAGCUGCAGCACUUCCAGGGCACUCUGAGCCACAAGGCCUCUGGCGGUGACCUCCUCAUCCAGUGUCAGCCAGACGUCAACGACGCCGUGAACUACGCUCGCAACAUUAAUGCUCGUGCUGAUGGUGUGACCGGCGACUCGGCAGAGGUCAAGCAGACACAACGGACAGAGAAUUCCUCCCACACAACCCAGCAGAGACACUCUCAUCCCGACGGACACAGGAACCGGCUGACUCUUCAUCUGACUCUGAAUCGAGUCCAGCAGCCUGCAUGUGAGGCCGCAGCCCCGAGCCGCCGCAAACCGGUGGAACCGGCAGCCACGCCUCCUCGCCGGCAACUCCCAGCGGGCUCAGCUUCUCUGUUGGAGAAAAGAAAAAGCCUCACUCUCUUCUUGACCCCGGUGGAGAUCCGCCCUCCCUCCUCAGCGAGCAGCAGCCGGCGUGAAAGGGGCCCCGCCGCGUCCAAAAGCGUCCACAAGAGGGAGCCGAGAGCAGAGCCUGAGGCGAAGACGCAGAGCCCCGCCCACAGGGUGCAGAGCCCCGCGCUCAGGGUGCAGAGCACCACCCACAGGGUGCAGAGCUCCGCCCACAGGGUACAGAGCACCGCCCACAGGGUACAGAGCUCCGCCCACAGGGAGCAGAGCCCCGCCCACGGCAAGUGCGGCACAGCGGAGGUGAAGGGGCGCGGUCUGCUGUCGCCGCUCGGCGCCACCCUCAACAAGCUGCUGGGGUGGGGGGAGCGGCUGCUGCUGGGCGGGCUGUUUGCCCACCCAGUCAGGAUGGGCCGGCCUGCACUGCCCUACGGGUGCUGAGGGGGCGGGGCUUCUGGUUCCAUUUGCGUCUGCGCAUGUUGAACCAAACCAUACAAGAGGUCUGACAUAACUUUAGUGUUCUAUGUAUUUAUGAAUGUAUUUAUUGCAGAGCUGACUAUUAACUAUACUCACCAUGAACCUCCACACAAUGCAUCUUGUUUAUGACAUAUUAACAUUUGUAAGAUUCCGUUAUUUAUUGACUUAAGAUGUAUUUAUUGAUUAAAGAUGAUAUUUCAACCGUG